CCGGUUCGCUAACKCAUGCGCCAGUUGAUUACAGAAUGUUUCGCUAAACAAUCGUGCUUUAGCUGUGAAGAAAAAGUGUUUGACAAAGUGAUUCCAUCGAACUCUGCUUAUUAAAUUUAGUAACUGUGUUCUUAAAAAUGUACCGUUCUGUUAAUAAAAAAAUGUGUUUAAAAAAGAAGAACUAUAAUGAAAACAAGGAAGUGUCAUUAAUCUAUUAAAUCAAACAGAGGAAUCUAUUCCAAAUCGACAAAGAGAAAGGCCAGUACCUUUUUCGGCUCUGUAAAGAAUACACGGUAAAGUCAGAACUAUUUCACUCAUAUAACUGAGUGCAGAAGAAAUGGAGUCUCCACGAACGGAAUCAACGAUGUCCGCAAAAAGCGAGCUUGCAACACCAAUAAAAACUACAACAAAACCAGAAAGUGAGCCUGUAAGACCAAUAGAAGUGACAACAACAAAACCUGCGUUGAAAAAUAAUGUCGGCGUCUUGAACCGUAACACACUGGAAUCAGAUCGCGAUGACGGCUUUUCAGAUAUUGAUGAGCACCCUUUGAAUAAGCCCGAAAAUGCCCAAAAUUGUCCCAAAUAUCUUUUGACCACUAUGAUACCCACUUGUCUGGCUGAUUGUCAAAAAGCGUAUGAAGAGAAUGGCAAUAUUCUGACGAAAGCGGAGCGUCGAAAGCUUACUGBUGCCAUAAUUAAGUACUUUCGGCUUAAUAAGAUACUUUUAAAAACAGAAAUAGCUACUGAUCUGGCCAAACAGAUAAAACGACAUUUUCCUACAGAAAAAAAGCGCGACUGGUAUAAGCAUAAGAACAGCACAAGUCGUGGCCGCUUACAUAGAAGGUACUACAAUUACCUUCGUCGUAAACAAAUAAAAAUAUUUAAUUUACCGAUACCACAACGCCAGUGGUGGCAGGACAAUAAAGCGUUAGAUCCAAASGAGUUCGCAAAAUGCGACAUUGGAGACAAAUGUUCAAAACCAGACGACCAAUGUAUGGACGACAAAAAAUCGUUAGAUGCAGAAGGGUUUAUAAAAUGUGAUGAUGGACACGAUUGUCCAAAACCAGGCGGCCGAGGUGAGGAGGAUAAAGAAGCGUUAGAUCCAGAAGGGUUUAUAAAAUGUGAUGAUGGACACGAUUGUCCAAAACCAGGCGGCCAAGGUGAGGAGGACAAAGAAUCGUUGGCGUACGGAGGGUACUUUCAAUUUGCCGGUAGUCAUAACUGUCCAAAAACAGAAGAUCGCUUAGAACGCUUUGAUAAUGGGAUGCGGCGCGUACAGCUUUGGCUGCAAGACGUCGUCAAAUGUGGUAAUGCCAUGGAUGCGAUCGACAUAUGGAAGGACAAAUGGAUGUAUCGAAGAGAACAGCUCGAACAACUACAACCAGGCGACACGCAGCAACUCGAAGCUUACCUCGCUGAAUGGGCAGCCUACAARGGCACCAAUAGCCGACAAUUGCUGAACUACGACUUCGCACAAAUGUACCCCGGCAAAAUAGAAUACUACAACGAGCAAUUGUCUCAUUUCAAUGCGUAUAUCUUCUCAUAUAUGGCAGUACAUUUAAAAGAUGGAAAAUUUCUGAAGUUUUUUGAACAGUACAGAAGUGAAAUGGUAACCUUUAAUAAGGAUCAAAAUUUCACGUUCCUUCACAUGAUGCAUGAUAUCAUGCACCCGCAAAGCUGUUACAGCACGUCRGAGAACUCGCGACCUUACAGCACCGCCGAAUCAGAGCGCGAAACCAUGCGUAUUGUGCAAAACGAAAGUGAGGUGGACAGCUAUAACGAGUGGCAUCCAUGCAUAUUUGUCUUGUUGGGGAAAACGCCGGGAAGCAAUCGMUACAUAGUGGCUUGGCGCGAUGUGCGUUACCACUUGCCGCUCGGUGAAGCCUUACUCGCCGCCAUACAGCUGUACUUGCUCUUCAAGUUGGAGUAUMCACCGGCGUGUGCGAGUUUCUGGCAAUUCGUACGUUCGUACUUUUUACAUAUCGUAUUACCGCAGGAUAUCUCUUACGUWAGGUUAGAGAGUCUAAAGAUCUAUAUGGAAUUAUUAAAUCCAAUUCCUUUGCUACCUCUGCCGUCGCCGCCGCCGCCGUUGCCUCCUAUGCCGUAUUUCUUAAGAAAAAAGUUUGACUAAAAGCUUUUAGCAGUAAUUUCAAAAUUUUUGACGUUACCCCACACGCAAUAAUAAYUUUUUUAAACUUCAAUACAUUUCACUGAAAUUUUUUUUAACWU